AUGGCCGGUGGACACAUGAAAUACCGCGCCCUCAGUCGGUCGUCGUCGCAUCGACAGGCCCUCUUACGCAACCUCGUCACAUCGCUGUUCAAACACGAAUCGAUAGCAACAACAUGGCACAAGGCAAAGGAGGCGCAGCGCUUGGCAGAGAAGCUGGUCACAUUGGGCAAGAAGAACACAGAGGCCUCACGGCGGAGAGCGCACCAGAUCUUCUAUGAACCAAAUGAUAUGGUCCCCAAGCUUUUCGGCCCCAUAAGAGAGCGCUACGCCGGCCGACCUGGAGGCUACACACGCGUCCUCCGCAUCGAACCCAUGAAGGAAGAUCAGGCUGAAUCCGCGAUUCUCGAACUCGUCGAUGGACCCAAAGACAUGCGCUUCGCCAUGACAGCGAAGACAUUGGCGCGUCUGCCCCCCAAUAAGCAACUCAACGAUAUGACAGCAAAGAAUGUCAAGAGGGUCACACAAUUUCGCGAGGAUGGCAUGAGCCAACUGCAAGAGAUGGUUCAGCAGAUGCGCAUUGAGAAGGAGAAUGGUAUUGAUGACCGGGUGCUGCCCGCGCCUAGGAGGGUGUACCCAGAGGAGAGUAUGAGGAGGGACAUGCACUACCCAGAGGAGGUCGAGGACUGGAAGCUCCCCAACCCUCUGCCUAAGAAGCAGACCAAGAAGGAGGUGGAAGUUGUGGAACCAGAGGAUGACUUUGUGGUUGCAGAGCGCAGUCUCGGGAAGGAGGUGAAUGCCUAA